GUGCAUAUUUAUUAUUUGGAUCAACAGAACAGGCAAUAUUGUAUCACUCAACGCAUUGCAUCGAUUACAUAUAUCUCUUCCAUCUAAGUAUAUAUAGAACUUGACAUAAUAUUGUGCAGAUAGAGAGAGAUGUCAAUCCAGGUCUACAGUAAAUUUAGGUCAAUCCAGGUCUACAGUAAAUUUAGGUCAAUCCAGGUCUACAGUAAAUUUAGGUCAAUCCAGGUCUACAGUAAAUGUAGGACAAUACAGGUCUACAGUAAAUGUAGGUCAAUCCAGGUCUACAGUAAAUGUAGGACAAUACAGGUCUACAGUAAAUUUAGGUCAAUCCAGGUCUACAGUAAAUGUAGGUCAAUCCAGGUCUACAGUAAAUUUAGGUCAAUCCAGGUCUACAGUAAAUGUAGGACAAUCCAGGUCUACAGUAAAUUUAGGUCAAUCCAGGUCUACAGUAAAUUUAGGUCAAUCCAGGUCUACAGUAAAUGUAGGACAAUCCAGGUCUACAGUAAAUGUAGGACAAUCCAGGUCUACAGUAAAUUUAGGUCAAUCCAGGUCUACAGUAAAUGUAGGACAAUACAGGUCUACAGUAAAUUUAGGUCAAUCCAGGUCUACAGUAAAUUUAGGUCAAUCCAGGUCUACAGUAUAUUUAGGUCAAUCCAGGUCUACAGUAAAUGUAGGUCAAUCCAGGUCUACAGUAAAUUUAGGUCAAUCCAGGUCUACAGUAAAUUUAGGUCAAUUCAGGUCUACAGUAAAUUUUGGAAAAUCCAGGUCUACAGUAAAUUUAGGUCAAUCCAGGUCUACAGUAAAUUUAGGACAAUACAGGUCUACAGUAAAUUUAGGUCAAUCCAGGUCUACAGUAAAUGUAGGUCAAUCCAGGUCUACAGUAAAUUUAGGUCAAUCCAGGUCUACAGUAAAUGUAGGACAAUCCAGGUCUACAGUAAAUUUAGGUCAAUCCAGGUCUACAGUAAAUUUAGGUCAAUCCAGGUCUACAGUAAAUGUAGGACAAUCCAGGUCUACAGUAAAUGUAGGACAAUCCAGGUCUACAGUAAAUUUAGGUCAAUCCAGGUCUACAGUAAAUGUAGGACAAUACAGGUCUACAGUAAAUUUAGGUCAAUCCAGGUCUACAGUAAAUUUAGGUCAAUCCAGGUCUACAGUAUAUUUAGGUCAAUCCAGGUCUACAGUAAAUGUAGGUCAAUCCAGGUCUACAGUAAAUUUAGGUCAAUCCAGGUCUACAGUAAAUUUAGGUCAAUUCAGGUCUACAGUAAAUUUUGGAAAAUCCAGGUCUACAGUAAAUUUAGGUCAAUCCAGGUCUACAGUAAAUUUAGGACAAUACAGGUCUACAGUAAAUGUAGGUCAAUCCAGGUCUACAGUAAAUGUAGGUCAAUCCAGGUCUACAGUAAAUUUAGGUCAAUCCAGGUCUACAGUAAAUGUAGGACAAUCCAGGUCUACAGUAAAUUUAGGUCAAUCCAGGUCUACAGUAAAUUUAGGUCAAUCCAGGUCUACAGUAAAUGUAGGACAAUCCAGGUCUACAGUAAAUGUAGGACAAUCCAGGUCUACAGUAAAUUUAGGUCAAUCCAGGUCUACAGUAAAUGUAGGACAAUACAGGUCUACAGUAAAUUUAGGUCAAUCCAGGUCUACAGUAAAUUUAGGUCAAUCCAGGUCUACAGUAUAUUUAGGUCAAUCCAGGUCUACAGUAAAUGUAGGUCAAUCCAGGUCUACAGUAAAUUUAGGUCAAUCCAGGUCUACAGUAAAUUUAGGUCAAUUCAGGUCUACAGUAAAUUUUGGAAAAUCCAGGUCUACAGUAAAUUUAGGUCAAUCCAGGUCUACAGUAAAUUUAGGUCAAUCCAGGUCUACAGUAAAUUUAGGUCAAUCCAGGUCUACAGUAAAUUUUGGAAAAUCCAGGUCUACAGUAAAUUUAGGUCAAUCCAGGUCUACAGUAAAUUUAGGUCAAUCCAGGUCUACAGUAAAUUUUGGAAAAUACAGGUCUACAGUAAAUUUAGGUCAAUCCAGGUCUACAGUAAAUUUAGGUCAAUCCAGGUCUACAGUACAUUUAGGUCAAUCCAGGUCUACAGUAAAUUUAGGUCAAUCCAGGUCUACAGUAAAUUUAGGUCAAUCCAGGUCUACAGUAAAUUUUGGAAAAUCCAGGUCUACAGUAAAUUUAGGUCAAUCCAGGUCUACAGUACAUUUAGGUCAAUCCAGGUCUACAGUAAAUUUAGGUCAAUCCAGGUCUACAGUAAAUUUAGGUCAAUCCAGGUCUACAGUACAUUUAGGUCAAUCCAGGUCUAUAGUAAAUUUAGGUCAAUCAGGUCUACAGUAAAUUUAGGUCAAUCCAGGUCUACAGUACAUUUAGGUCAAUCCAGGUCUAUAGUAAAUUUAGGUCAAUCAGGUCUACAGUACAUUUAGGUCAAUCCAGGUCUACAGUAAAUGACAGACAUUGGUCCAAGAUAGUACAUCUCUACACAAAUGACCAGUAUUAUGUUUGAUUAGAUGUCACCAUCAACAGAUUGUAGAUAUAACAUACAUUUUGACAUGCAACUGGCGUGGAAUGAUAUUACUACCUGCUACUUCGACUUGUGCUUUCUUUGAUACCAGUGGUUGGUGUAUCCUUCUACCACUCUAGGUUCCAAGUUUCAGACGUCAGGGAUCUCUCUCACUCUGAUAUAUCAGGGCUUAUUUCCGGUGCCCUUUUGAAUUCACUCAUCAUUCUCUUUUAGCAGCACUAAACUGCGUUCCAUGAUAAACUUGCUCCGUCAUUUAAGCUCACAUUAAAAUGUAUAUAAUUGUGCGAAAUACAAUUCUAAAAUCAUCUAUUAAAAACAGAAAUGCCACACUCAAAAAGAAGGUUUUCGCAUGACACAGGUUCAAACAACACACGUGCAUGUAACGAUACUGAAAUACAUAACAUCUGCCUACGUAACAUGACCCUUCUAAAGGUCUACUGAGUCAAAGUGGUUUAAC